UCUUCGCAAUAAUGUUUUACUACCCCACGGUUUUAAAGCGUCACUCGGGAUGCUUUUCUACAAUCUGGCUGGUUGCUACAAAAGGCAUCAGAGUUACUCGUCGUGACUUCCUGAAAGUCAACAUCAAAGUGACCUGCGAUGACAUCGUGAACUACCUGCUGGAGCGGGUACCACCACCUCUGCCAGAUCUGCCUCAACCUCGCUUCUCCCUCUACCUCUCCUCCCAGCUGCAGUAUGGCGUCGUCCUCGUAUUCCACCGACAGUGUGUCAUUUUCCUUGAGGAACUUCAGUCAGUCGUGGGCCAGCUGGCGAAACAGAGGACUUCCCAGAAAAUUGAUAUGGAUGAACACAGCAGACUAGCUCUGGACUUCCCAGACGCCCUGACUCUCCUGGAAGAGGCAGAAGGAGCUCCAGACCCUUUGUUUGGAGUGAUGUCUAUGCAUGAAUCAAUGCCCAGUCCUACUACUCUGAUACAGAUGGGAAAGGAGUUUCUGAGAGAAACUUCUCCGGAGCAUCCUGAACGGACCAGUCCUUCUGUUGCUGCAGCUCUAGACAACGGCAUAACUGCAUCUCCAGAAACCAUCACUCUGAGAGAGAUGGAGCCGGUCGCUAUUCCCAUCGCAGAGUUUGAGGGCGUGGAGCUCCUCGAUCAGCAUCCAUAUACUAUUGACUUCCUCUUGGCCCAAACAGACCAUUUUCCAGAAGAUUUAGAGAUACCAAGAGAGGAAGUAACACCAGGAGACCGAGAGAGCGGAAUGGAAGAAGGUAGAAGAGACGCAGACCUGGAGAGAGAGGGAGCAAAGGAGCCCACAGCAUCCACUCUUGAAUUACAGCCCACUACUACUCUCUCUGGUGAAGAAGCCAUGUUGCUGCCUGAUGAAGAGUCUGCAGAGAUGCCUGGACCCCCCACAGACCAGCUCACCCCCGUGUCUGCGCCCCCUCUCCCUUCCCCUCAGCCUGCAGCAAGGGGACAUGAGAGACCAACUCUGGAGUUAGAGGAUAUUCCUCCUGCCGAGGUGAAGAAGAGGAGGAAGAGGCAGCUGAUCUUCUUUGACCCGGAGACGCAGAUCUCGCAGGCGGUGCUGCAGCAGCAGAUCGACAACCCUCAAGCUGAGACCAGACAACUAAACCUCCCACCUCCCUCUCCUCAAAGGAUUCGCCCUGCUGCUGAGCUCUUCAACAAUCCCUGCACCUUCUUGCCUGAACAGGUGCUGUUUCUAUGGAGACAAGCAGCGAAUAUCAGACCUGUCUCAGGCCCGGGCCUGCAGGUCGGAGAGCAAGGGCCCGAGUCCACCGACUCUGAGAGGGAACGACAGCGAGAGAUGGAGGAGGCGGACCAAAUAGAGGAGAUACUUGAGCUCAGCCCCAAGGAGGUCCCCAGAGAUGUGGCAGAGGCAGAGAUGUUUGACAUUUCAGCCCAUGGUUCCCUGCCACUGGAGGGCUCUGAUCUAAGGGAAAUGUCUCGGGAGAUCUCCCCCAUGCUCACAUCAGAGAGAGAAGAGACCCCUGUCUCUAGGUCGGUAUCUAUAUUGAAGGACAUCCCAGAGGUGCCUGAUGAAACGCUGCAAAGAGCUGCAGCAGAGUCUCCUUGGUUGCUGCCGGAUUUGACAGAGCAAGAAUCGUCACCUGUGCUUUUUCACUCUCUUCUCCCACAAGAGGCCGACCGCCGAACUGUCAGCAACAUUUUUCAGAAGCUGCUGGAGACUUUAUCGACCAGGAAGGUUUGUGUCAAGCAGGGCAAGCCUUAUGGCGCCAUUCAGAUUUUACCUGGACCGAACUAUGAAGAGGCGAUCCAGACUUUGGUCUGAUAGAAGAUCAUUGUUAAAGUCAAAUGUUUUGUUCUUGAUCACAUCACAACAUUUGUUCUUGGUGUGUCUAGUUAACAUGUUUGAAAGAAUUAAAUCCUUUUUUUAAAUAAUUUAAUCUGAUGUUUAAUACAUUUUAAUACCUAGAACUGUUAAACAUAAUUCUUCUUUUUUAAAACUUUGACCAAAAUGUUGGCACCAACGUUAUGAGAUUUUACAGGAAGAAUUAAAAAUAACUUAAUUGUUAUGUUUUUAUAUUUAAGGACUCAUGUUAUGCACUUGACUCUCUGUUCCAGCUAUGUGUCUGUCCCUUUAAACGUGAACUUCAAAAUAAAAGUUUAAUAAGUAUUCUGUCGGUUAUUUCUGUGA